AUGUCCAAAGUAUUAAGAAAGCAGAGACUCAUCAGGGCUCACAAUAGACCUAAUAAAAUGUACAAAAAAGGAGCAACAAAAUUCCCUAAGUGCACUUCAGAAGUAAGAGAAGGAGUCAUCGCAGAAAUAGUCCAUGAGCAAGGAAGAAACGCACCCCUGGCCAUGGUCACCAUGACAAACGAGGACAAGACAGUAAAGAAAGAAACUGUUGUGCUGGUGGCACUGGAAGGCAUGUACACUGGAAAAACCAUCUACUUCGGAGAGAAGACCUCUCUGGAGCUAGGAAACACAAUGAAGCUGAAGAACAUCCCAGACGGAACCGUUGUGUGCUCCGUGGAGAGAGUCGUUGGAGACGGCGGCAGCAUUGCAAAGACAAGCGGAUCAUAUGCUACAGUUGUGGGAUACAAUGCAGACAAAAACGAGACAAGAAUCAAGCUGCCGUCCGGAGUUAAGAAGCCAGUGAGCGGAGAAUGCAGAGCCAUGAUCGGAAUAAUCGCAUCCGGCGGUGUGCACGAGAAGCCUCUGUUGAAGGCAGGAAGAGCGUACUAUAAACAUAAAGCAAGAGGCAAGCUCGGCGCAUGGCCCAGAGUGAGAGGAGUGGCUAUGAACCCUGUGGACCACUUGCACGGAGGAGGUAACCACCAGCACAUUGGAAAGUCUUCUUGUGUCGCAAGAAACGCUCCAUCAGGACAGAAGGUUGGUCAGAUUGCAGCCAAGAGAACGGGAACAGGAAGAGCAAAGACAAAGAGAUUCGAAUAA